UUCAUGAACUGUGAAUAAUAUAUUUUUCAGCUAUCAGAGUGAUAAGUAUGCAUCAGUCAACAUAUAUUUCACUGUAUGAUGAUGAAGAUGAUCUGGAAUUACAUGAUGUAACAAAAGAACUUGAGAAUUUAAAGGCUGUAUUUUCACGUUAUGAUAAUCAUGCUGUAAAACUUCAGAAUGAACUAGAAUUAGUACGUGAAGACCUUUAUGGAUUAAUUCAUGCCAGAGGGACUAAACCAGACAAUGAAGAUAAUAUAAAACCUAAUGAAAUUAAAUUAACUCAAGAGGACUUUGAAACAAUAAAAUUAAUCAAUGAGAGACAGGCGAAGAAAAUGUUAUCCCUUAAAAAGAAAGCACACACUUACAAGUCGAAUUUCAAUGUGUUAUUACAAGAAAUGGACAAACAGAAAAAUUUACUAGAAGACUGCAAGAAAAAUGACAUGAUAACGGUUGAGAAAUCUGUUCAAACCGAUUUGGCGGAACCUUUAUCGAUCGAAACAAGUCAAAUUAGACCUUUGACAUUGGAUAAGUUUACUCAUGGUGUUUUAGAAAUUGCCUUUCAACUGCAUGAAAAGUUAUCUGAAUGUCAUGGUCGUCGUCGAUUAGAAAUUAUACAUCAUGAAAAGCAUACUAGUGAAUUAAGCAGAAAUCAUCUGGAAGCGCUGAAGCGAGUACAAGAAAAGCAACAGAAGAAUUUAACUGAAUUUAAAUAUCGUAUUCAAAAAGCUACACAACAAGAAUUAGGUGUGCUAAGAGAGGAAAGAGAAAAACUUUUGAGUCAAUUAAAUGAAAUCAGAAAAUCGGAACAACAGACUAGACAUACAAACUCUUUGCUGAAAUUAGAAAUUCACAAUUUGGAGAAAAAAUUAAAUGGAUAUGAAGCUAAAGUCCAUAGUUAAUAUUUCUUUUAUGCAUUCUAUUCAGUCAUUCUGAAAAACCAGGCUAUUUCUGUCGACUGAAUUGUUUUUUGCGGAUGAAAUUAUCAAUAAACUAACAAGUCUGUUUGAUUACUCAAUCACAGAAGGAUCCAACUAUGAUAGUCGAAAUUCGCUAUUGAUUUUGCUCUAAAUUAUCCGCAUAUAUUUUGAUCAUCAAACGUUUUGUAAGAAGACAUCUACUUAUACAUGCGUAAAUUUAUUUUGAAACACUAUGCAAGAAUAAUACAGAUAGAGUGGUUGUUGCAUUUUAUUGCAGUGGUUUAUGCAAAGAAUACAAUGAUAUUUGACUUUUAUU